CUUCUUCUCUCGUAACAUAUCACAUUGUCGCAUUGUCCCCUAAAACGCUUUCUGUAUAAAACCACCAAGUCAAAAAAUUUCUGGAAAAAACAAUUUAAUUCUCGAAAGUAAAUCUCUGUCUCGCCCCGUCAGCUUUUUCAUUUUUCCAAAACCCAGGACAUCUAAAUUCCAAUCAUCACGUAAAAACGCGCUUACUAAUCAGACAAUUAAUCAAACCCAAAUGUAGGUGGCGGUUGUUACGGCGUUCUUCCUGCGGCGGUGCACCCCAUCCUGUGUUCGCGCCGGGUGUGGUUCUGGGAAAAAAUGAGUUUGAGUCCGGCCGCGGGCGGCGGUGCUGUGGGUGGUGGUUGUGCGAAUGGUGGGGGUAGUAGCGGUGGCACCUGCUGCAACAUGAGCGUGAAGCGCAGGUGCAGGUGGAGGUGUCUGAUCUCGUCGGGGUUGGUGUUCUUCUUGGGGUGCUUCGUGUUGUUCGGAUUAUUCGCCACGGUUUAUGUCUGGUUCGCCUUCCCGCCGUAUUAUGCUCGGGCGGCGUUGGCCUCUCCCUCCAUGCUUGGGUGUCAGGAGGACAAUGAAGGUUCAUGGUCUCUUGGUAUUUUCUUCGGAGACUCUCCUUUUUCCCUCAAGCCCAUUGAAGCUAUGGAUGUAUGGAGGGACAAAACUGCAGCUUGGCCCGUGGCAAACCCUGUUGUGACUUGUUCUUCUGUUUCUGAUGCUGGUUUCCCAAGUAAUUUUGUUGCUGAUCCUUUCCUUUAUGUCCAGGGAGAUGCUUUUUACUUGUUCUAUGAAACCAAGAAUUCAAUCACUUUGCAAGGAGAUAUUGGAGUCUCAAAAAGUAUUGAUAAGGGAGCAACAUGGCAGCAAUUGGGCACUGCCUUGGAUGAAGAGUGGCAUCUCUCUUACCCGUUUGUCUUCAACUACCUUGGCCAAAUAUAUAUGAUGCCUGAGAGUAGUAUGAAAGGGGAACUUCGUCUGUACCGAGCACUCAAUUUUCCAUUGCAAUGGACUCUGGAGAAAGUGAUCAUGAAAAAGCCUCUUGUUGAUUCUUUCAUAAUCAAUUAUAAUGGAGCGUAUUGGUUGUUUGGUUCAGAUAACACUGGAUUUGGCACCACAAAGAAUGGACAAUUGGAAAUCUGGUAUAGCAGCUCCCCUCUUGGUCCUUGGAAACCACACAAGAAGAAUCCUAUAUAUAAUGGUGACAAAAGCUUUGGGGCUCGAAAUGGAGGCAGACCAUUUUUCUACAACGGAAAUCUUUAUCGUGUUGGUCAAGACUGCGGUGAAACAUAUGGGAGAAGAGUGCGCACCUUUAAGGUGGAAGUUCUUACCAAAGAUGAUUACAAAGAAGUUGAAGUUCCCUUGGGCUUGAUAGAGCCAAGUAAGGGUCGCAAUGCUUGGAAUGGUGCUCGCUAUCAUCAUCUAGAUGUGCAGCAAAUAAAUACUGGUGAGUGGGUUGGAGUGAUGGAUGGAGACCGGGUACCAUCUGGGGAUUCAGUUCGGAGGUUUAUUUGUGGUAGUGCUUCAGUUGCCGUUGUUGCUGUACUCAUUAUAUUGCUGGGUGUUCUACUUGGAGCUGUGAAGUGCAUGAUUCCUCUCAAUUGGUGCACUCACAACUCCGGGAAGCGGAGUGAUGCGUUCUUGGCCUGGGAAAGGUCACAUUUGUUUUCAGCCAAAGUGAGACGGUUUUGCAGCCGCAUGAACAGAGGAGUUUCAUUCCUCAGAGGUAGGAUUAAACCUAGUACCUGUGCUGGAAGACUGGUUCUUGCUAUAAUUUUGGCAUUUGGAGUUGCGGCUAUGUGCACAGGGGUUAAAUGUAUCUAUGGUGGUAGCGGUGCAGAAGAAGCUUACCAAUGGAAAGGUCACUACUCGCAGUUCACCUUAUUAACAAUGACCUAUGAUGCUCGUCUCUGGAAUUUGAAAAUGUAUGUUAAACAUUAUUCCAGAUGUUCCUCAGUGCGGGAAAUUGUUGUGGUGUGGAACAAAGGAAUACCACCUAAAGUUAGCGAUUUUGACUCCACAGUGCCAGUCAGGAUCAGAUUAGAGAAACAAAACUCACUGAAUAAUCGCUUCAAGUUGGAUUCUUUGAUAAAGACCCGAGCAGUUCUGGAGCUUGAUGACGACAUUAUGAUGACUUGCAAUGAUGUUGAGCGUGGAUUCAGGAUAUGGCGUCAAUACCCAGACCGUAUUGUGGGUUUCUACCCCCGACUAAUUGAUGGGAGCCCGUUGAAGUAUCGAGGUGAGAAAUAUGCCCGGACCCAUAAAGGAUAUAACAUGAUUCUCACGGGGGCAGCUUUCAUUGAUAGUCAAGUAGCUUUCAAGAGGUAUUGGGGAAAAGAAGCUAGCCAAGCAAGGGAAUUGGUAGACAAAUAUUUCAACUGCGAGGACGUGCUGCUGAAUUACUUGUAUGCAAAUGCUAGUGAAUCCAAGAAUGUGGAGUAUGUGAGACCAGCAUGGGCAAUAGAUACAUCAAAAUUAUCUGGUGCUGCAAUAAGCCGAAAUACCAAAGUUCACUACCAUAUAAGGAGCAACUGCCUCCGGAAAUUUUCUGAGAUGUACGGAAGUUUGGCCGGGCGCAAGUGGAAAUUCAAUGGGCGGAAGGAUGGUUGGGACGUAUAGCGAGGGAGAUGUCUUGCUAGAAAUUGAUCUAGUAUGUGUGUUUAUUGUCUUGAUUUUGGACGUCCCAUGGCCUCUGCGCAGGGAAAAGUUUGCAUUGCGACGUUACUGCGUUACAUGUGGGUAAAACUACUUUGAGAGAUGAUGUUUUGCCAAAUACUUUGAUUGCAUAUUGCCGGAAUGAAUCAUGAAAAAGGUGAACUGCUUUGUGUUUAAUCGGAUAACGGGAUAAGUGGUGUGUACAAAUUUGGGUGGAGGGUCUGGAGCAUCAAAGGAAAUUGUAUAAUGGUGCUUGAUUGUAUAAUGUGGUUGAUUACUAUAAUUGAGUACGUUGUGUAAGAUAGGAGAGAAACUUAACCGCUGUAAAUGUAUUUAAAGUUAAUUUUUGGAGACGACGUUAAUUGACUUGAAA